CGCGGGGCUGGCGGGCGCGCGGGGGCGGCGGGCGCGGCGCUGCCAAUCGCAGACAAAGGCCGCCCCAGUGAAUCAUGUGGUGCCGGGGGAGGAAGUGCGGCUUGUUUUCUUUCCUCCAGUCGCCGGGCUCCGGGCGGAGCGCGAUGCUCGGAGACCCCCGCGGGGGCGGCGGCGGCGAGCCCCGAUGAGGCCCGAGCGCCCCCGGCCCCGCUGCAGCGCCCCCGGCCCGAUGGAGGCUCCGCCGUGGGACCCUCUCCGCAACGACUCGCUGCCGCCCACGCUGACCCCGGCCGUGCCCCCCUACGUGAAGCUCGGCCUCACCAUCGUCUACACCGUGUUCUACUCGCUGCUCUUCGUGUUCAUCUACGUCCAGCUCUGGCUGGUGCUGCGCUACCGCCACAAGCGGCUUAGCUACCAGAGCGUCUUCCUCUUCCUCUGCCUCUUCUGGGCCUCCCUGCGGACGGUCCUCUUCUCCUUCUACUUCAAAGAUUUCGUGGCGGCCAAUGCGCUCAGCCCCUUCGUCUUCUGGCUGCUCUACUGCUUUCCCGUGUGCCUCCAGUUCUUCACCCUCACGCUGAUGAACUUGUAUUUCACGCAGGUGAUUUUCAAAGCCAAGUCAAAAUAUUCUCCAGAAUUACUCAAAUACCGGUUACCCCUCUACCUGGCCUCACUCUUCAUCAGCCUCGUUUUCCUGUUGGUGAAUUUAACCUGUGCGGUGUUGGUGAAGACGGGAAACUGGGAGAGGAAGGUCAUUGUCUCCGUGCGUGUGGCCAUUAAUGACACUCUCUUUGUGCUGUGUGCCGUCUCGCUCUCCAUCUGUCUCUACAAAAUCUCGAAGAUGUCCUUAGCCAACAUUUACUUGGAGUCUAAGGGCUCCUCCGUGUGUCAAGUGACUGCCAUCGGAGUGACCGUCAUCCUCCUCUACGCCUCCCGGGCCUGCUACAACCUGUUCAUCCUCUCGUUUUCUCAGAGCAAGAACGUCCAUUCCUUUGAUUACGACUGGUACAAUGUAUCAGACCAGGCGGAUCUGAAAAACCAGCUGGGGGAUGCCGGAUAUGUGGUGUUUGGAGUGGUUCUUUUCGUGUGGGAGCUCUUACCCACCACCUUGGUCGUCUACUUCUUCCGCGUUAGAAACCCUACAAAGGACCUUACGAACCCUGGGAUGGUCCCCAGCCACGGAUUCAGCCCCAGAUCUUACUUCUUUGACAACCCUCGAAGAUACGAUAGUGAUGAUGACCUUGCCUGGAACAUCGCCCCUCAGGGACUUCAGGGAAGUUUUGCUCCAGACUACUAUGACUGGGGACAGCAAACAAACAGCUUCCUGGCACAGGUGGGAACUUUCCAACCAGACUCCAUGUUGGAUCCUGACAAGCCAAGCCAGGGGCAGCAUCAGUAAAAAAUUUUAUGGAAGAUUCCUCAAGUGAGAGGCUUCAGAGAGACUAACUUAAUGACAGCUGAAUUUUUAAUAAGGCACUUUUCCUUAAGAAAUAGGACUUGAUUUUUAUUUGUUACAGGUUUCUAAUGGCUCCAUAGGACUAAGCAAUAAUUUAGAUUGAUAAAAACCUUAUUUUAGUACUAAAAAGUGAGCCUGGCCACCUAUUUCAGUGGGUAUAAUUUAAACUUUAAAAAAAUUCUGUACUUUUAUAAAGAUGUAUUUUAUAUAACUUAAUAAUGCUAAAAUAUAUACUAGGAUUUUUUGAGAAUGUUACUGCAAUAUAUGUUUGUAGUUUGCACAGACUUUUAUGCAUAAUUCACUUUAAAAGCAUACAGUGCACGGUCUGAUGGUUGUUUAAGGCUUUUGGACUAAAGUGUUCUUUAGGUCCUCACCUCUUCGGGUCAUGCAGAUCCGAAGCUUCUGAAUCAACUCGAAAUACAGUUGACAUCUCGGAAAGCCAGUUGCAACUCCAGUGUUAAAAGUUAUGAUGUAGGAGAAUGUCCAGGACUUGUACCAGGUAAUUGACCCCUUCCUCUGAGUUCUUUAAGGUCCAGGCAGUUGUUCCCUCAACUAAUCUCCUAAAUUUUGCCAAAAAGGUGGUAUCAACAGGGCACUAAUGCAUACGCUUCGGUGAUGAGUCGGUGUGUUAAAAACCGAGUGGACUCACACUAUUAAACGUGCUCUGCUCUAUGUGGAAA